CCGUAUCUACCCUGCUGCUCACCGGAAGUCACGUGACUCAACGUCUGAACGUGCCUAGCUGCUGCAGCGGUGGAUCUGUUCUUUAAUGCGGACUUUCUGUCCCUAACUGUCCGCUGUUUACUGUCAUUAUAAACAUGUCAGGCAAGUCGGAGCUAAAAAUCAACUCCGAGUUUGCUCAGAGGUACGAAAAGUACCGGCAGAAAGAGGAGUUACAGAAGCUGAAGGACCGGUUCGGAGACCGAGCCGAUGAGGGCAGCGACUCGUCGUCUGAGUCCAGUUCUGAUGACAGUGAAGUGGAGUUGGACCCUGAUGUGGAGAGAGAUUUUUACAGAACAUUGUCCCUGUUGAAGAAAAGGGACCCAAAGAUUUAUGAAAAAGAUGCCAAGUUCUACUCAGAAGGACCCGGCCCCCUGCCGGUCGGCUUGAAGGCUCACUCUACCAGGAGUGUCUCUGCUUCCUGGGCUGCCCUGAGAGGGGUUCUGCUGGAAGCAAUAUGUGCUGCUGCAUCAUAG